AUGGAGCUGGAGCACGAAGGGAACAGCCUGAAUGGGAAGAACGACCUGAGCGCGUCGUGGCAGCACGUCGCAAUAUCAUCCAUACCUCGACGUAGCCACGCGCCGCGAUUCGGUGGAAGAGUCUCCUUCGGCCGACCAGGCGACUUCCCAUACAAUCCGGGACCCCGUGCUAUGGUUCCUGUCGCAUUUUCGACAGAGACUGUGCCCUCGCCUUCGCAUGGGACGAGUGUCUCGCAGAUUGCUGUACCGGAGUCGGAUCCGGCGCUUGCAACAUCACCUAUUCCUCCUGCUCGUGUUGAUGCGAGAGCAGGAACGCCUGGCGCUCAUGGUCGAAGCGGCAAAAAACCUGCUGCUGCGAAAGCUUUCCUCUACGAAACCGUGGGAAGCGCAAACACGGCGCCCAAUGCCUUUUAUGCGGGCUCCCAGUCCAAGAAGCCUGUUGAACCUCUCGAUGUGGCCAUGGACGCGCAAGACGAACCGAAUGCAAGUCAGCCAGCCGAUGCCGAUCUUGAUGAACCGAUGGCUGACAGCACACCGCGAGCGACACGGACGGCCGUGGCUGCGCUGGAAGUAGAGGAUAGGGACGAGGUUCCCUCCUUUUCUCACUCACUGUUCUCGCCGCGUGCGGAGGACGAAGAGGCGCCGCCGGUCAUCUCCUCCCGCUCUACCGCCCCUGCUGCAAACGCCGUCGCGCCGCCUUUGGCUCGCACCGAGUCCGAGCAGAUGCAACCCCCGGGGGCGUUUUUCUCAACGCCUCCGCUUCUAUCGCAAAUGCUACCCGCAGACCUAGGUCCAAUUGCGGAAGACGAAGAGGUCGUGGUCGCGGACGCGGAAGCUACCUCUAGCAAGAGACCUAGACGAAGCACAGCGGCGAAGACGCCCAAAACGCCUGCGAAGGGCAAGUCAAAGAGCAAACGGAAGUCGACCAUAGACCUCGACAACCUGGAUCUGAGCAGGAGCAUACCAGGGGCACUCGAGGACGACGGACUAUACGGGAUCACGGACGAGGAAGAGGAGAAGGCCCCAGACAACGUCGGGCCGCUCCCUCGGGCCACGCGGUCAGUGCGCAAAGCUAGGAGCGGCGCAUCAGCCACGACUUCGGUGGCCUCUGACGACGGGAAGGAGGAGAGUGGACCAAGUGUGGCGAGACGCUCGACCAGAAGGAGCUCGAGAGUCAGUGUUGUCCACGAGGACCAGUCGAGUCCAGAACGGACCACAAGGCGAAGUACACGGUCCACAGCUGCGAAGGCGGAGGGCCGCAAUCGGGCUACUAAAAAACGUGCUUAG